AUGCUUGGCCAUACGACCCUCUCCUACUACCCUGCCACCUUCCAAAUCCCCGGGGAGCUCCUCUUCUUGGACAUCUUUAGCCUGCAACCGCGCGGAGAAGGAUGUUCUGGGCAACGCAGUCCCAGCCUCAAGUGGAAGCAGCAGUGUCCCCAGGGGGACCCCGCAUUCCCCGGCCGCUGCGAGGCGCCGCCCGUUCCGCCGCGCCGGGAGCGCGGGGCGCGCGGGGGGCGCGGGCCCGGGGCGCCGGGGGGCCGGGGGCGCGCGGGCGGUGCCGAGGGGCGCGGCGUCAAGUGCGUGCUCGUCGGCGACGGCGCCGUGGGCAAGACGAGCCUGGUGGUGAGCUACACCACCAACGGCUACCCCACCGAGUACAUCCCCACCGCCUUCGACAACUUCUCGGCGGUGGUUUCGGUGGACGGACGGCCUGUGAGACUCCAGCUCUGUGACACUGCCGGGCAGGAUGAGUUUGACAAACUCAGGCCCCUCUGCUACACCAACACGGACAUCUUUCUUCUGUGCUUCAGUGUGGUGAGCCCCUCAUCCUUCCAGAACGUCAGUGAGAAGUGGGUGCCCGAGAUCCGAUGCCACUGUCCCAAAGCCCCCAUCGUCCUCGUUGGAACUCAGUCGGAUCUCAGAGAAGACGUCAAAGUCCUCAUUGAGCUGGACAAAUGCAAAGAGAAGCCGGUGCCUGAAGAGGCAGCUAAGCUGUGCGCCGAGGAGAUCAAAGCCGCCUCCUACAUCGAGUGUUCGGCCUUGACUCAGAAAAACCUCAAAGAGGUCUUUGACGCGGCCAUUGUCGCCGGCAUUCAGUACUCAGACACUCAGCAACAGCCAAAGAAGUGCAAAAGCAGGACUCCUGACAAAAUGAAAAACCUCUCCAAGUCCUGGUGGAAAAAGUACUGCUGUGUCGUAUGAUGUUGGCAAGAAACCCGGAAAAGGCAGUUUUUAGAUGAAGCCGAUAUUAGAAGCUAUAUUAGCUGACGUGACUCCUUUUAUUGUGUAGAACCUGGAGAGGAAACGCAUGUGUGUGCGUGUAACAGGUGGAGCUCUCAGUUUAGGUAUUCUUUCUUGCCUUCGACGUUUUUGUUUGUUUCAGCUUAGGGACCAGCCAAUUAUGCAAGGUAUUUCUGAAGGGAGUUGAGCAAUGUUCCUAACUCUGCAAAAGUAGAGCUCCGAGACCUCGGGAUUAAUUUAUAGCUAAUAUGAAAGAGACCCGCUCGGAUGUGGGUGUCAAGGAUGCGACUUGGCCGCCUUAUGAUGCGCAGAAGGACCAACGGCGAAAUGGUGUGGUCGACCCUCCCUUGAUUAAGGGCUACUCGAUGCAAGGACGUUCCGUACGCGGGCCGGCCAGGGAGCACCCGUCAGAAUUGCGUUUCAACGUCCACACUUACAUUGUCCCGCCUGCAGGGAAGUGAACAUUCUUGAAGGGCCUGCAGCAAAUGUUUGUAGGAGACAAAAUGACCUUUAUUUCCCUUAAGUCAGCCAAAAUGUGUACACGCACACGCACACGCGCACGUACGUACGGCUAUAUUUGCUGCUGAUUCAGACUUUUAAACGGUUAAUGGGGAAAAGCACGGCCACGAAAAAACAGAUAUGAGGGAAGCUCAGGUUCCUGCUUUUGUGACUUUUUUGAACAGCUCUCUUUUUGAUGAUACCCUACUCAGAGAUGGGAUUUUAACUACGUCUGGACGCAUCUUUGAGGCCACCUGAAAACCAAACGUGAACAUCUCUUGAAACCCGUUUUAAAAUGGGUGUCUCUUGAAACCCGUUACGACAACCAGUGAAGUCCACAGAUGCCUUUCAGGGACCUGGCAGCAGGGCCCGGCGCUGUGUGUCACCGGGCUCGUGUGGCUGGUCGGCUGCGGCCGGCCAGGGGGCGGUGGGGUGGGGGGUGGGGGGUGGACCACAGCCCCCUCGCGAAGCUGCAUCCUUCCUGUGGGACAGCCAGAAAACCAUAUGCUUGUGAACCAUUUGUGUUCUUCAAGGUGGCGGAUUUUUAGAGCUUAGUCUUCUGGAGAAAACAAGUGCCGUAUCAGAAGAAUAGUUUUCCUUUUGUGAUGGCGGUGCUUCCGAAGUGCCAAAAAAGGUACCCUGACGCGUUGAAUUAUCACGUCCGGCUGCAGUGGGUGACACAGAUUCACCAAAGUCGGCUCAAAAACUAGGGAAAAGCUCUGCAGAGCCAGCGGAGAGAAGCGUCUCCUCUUUCCGUGGGUCUUGCGUUGUCUUUUUUAUAUUUAACAAAACUAAUUUGUGUUUUUCUACGGAAGAAAUAAAAGAUCGGGACGGGGUUUCUUUCGCCUCUGUUAGUAAAUCAAAUUAACGGAUUUCCUUGUUUGAAAAUUAAAACACAGGGGUUGUUUGCCAUUUAUUUUUCCAUCCGUUGAAAUUGAUAAUCCGCUGUUUCCUGAAGCAUUUAGUUCUAACCUGAGGGAAUAACGUUACUUCAUUGUGAAAAUGCUCCAGACAGACUUCCCGAAAAGCACUCUUGCCGGCCUGGUCCACCUAUCUGUGAGAAUAGCUUUCCGGGCUGGGCUCCGCCCGCCCUGGUGUGCAGACCAGGUGGGAGAGGUGGUGGAAUUAUUUGGGGAGUCAUUCUAAACAGUGUUUUUGUAUUUAAACAAAUGUCAUGGAGUGCAAUGCAAAUUAAUUUUUAAGUCGGAACACAAAACUUGGAAGAAAUUUUAUGCAUGUGAUAGCAUAUGGGGCAGCUCUUGGCCCCCCUGGAGAGGCCACGGGCACCCUCUGCCUUGGAGGGCCACUGGUUGAAAGCUGUUGGUGAAAAGCGCCUGUGUGGCCCAGUUCUGAAAGCUUUACGCAAGCGCUUUAUUUCUAACCCAGCUUGAUACAACCUGUACCGUUGGCGCUAAAAACCUAGAGGGUUGACCUUUAAACACCACCAUUUUUCAUAUGUUGCUGCGUUUUAUAGAACAGUAAAGGUACGAUUGAUUGUA